CCACAAUGUCAUCUGGGGUUGAAGGAUAACAAUUCAGAUAUUUAUACUUUUCACUAGGAAGGCAUCCGUCGAUAACUUUCGAAGCUGAAAGAAGUUGGAUCGCACCACAGUUUCUGUUAUCGACCAAAACCAUACCCGCUGUUUGUUCAAACCGUACCGGCCGGUACCGUAGUUCGUUCAUAUCGUGUGUACGAGUGACCGUACCUGGCACUGACUGCACUACGAGGUUCAUACUCGCCCUACAGUCUAUUCGCAAAAGCAAAAACUCGAGAUCCUUUCGUUCCGGUCUCCGCGGCACACAGACGCAAACCAGGCAUUGUCCCCACCGACAAAGCCAGUCAAAAGGAAGAGAGAGAGAGAGAGAGAUUGCCACUCAGAGGAACAAAGCCCAUUCGUCCGUCCGGGAACCGAGCAACAAAGCACGAACCACAAGAAGAGAUUUGCAAUCGAUCAACCAAUCGCCCGCACGUUUCAAAAAUGGUGGAAGACACGAAAAUGGAAGACACGGCAGGGAUCGCGCCAACGAAGGAAGAGGGCCCCGAUAAGCAGGUCAACCCACCUUCUGUCCCCCCGCUCGAAGCCGCCGGGCGUCGCCUGGAACGGCUGCUGGGGGGCGGAUCCGCGGCCGCGUCCUCGUCCGGACCGAGCGAUAACGCUUCCGGCCGUCCGCUAGCGAGGCUCUACACGUACGGAACCCCCGUGAAGGUCACGCGACGGUGGCUCGGAACGGCCUCCGGGGCCGCCGGGGAGGCCAUAUCGUCCGACAUUGUUUCCGCGGCGACCACCUUGCUGGACCCCUCCCACGAAGACUGCCGGACGCGAUCGCUCCUCCUGGCCAUUGAUGAAUCGUCGUCCAUGGAGGUGGAAGGCGAGGACAACGACAACGGCAACGACGGAGGCGAAGCACCAAGUACCCAAGCCAAGGAUGAACCCGAGUACCUUUCGGCCUCCCGGAGAGAAGUUGAGUCCUGGUUGCUCAGUCUCCAGGUCCGCAUCUUGUGGAAGGCGGGAAAGCACCCCGAAGCCAUGGAACUGGUCGAAAAGGGAAUUGCCAUUCUUUUGGAGCAGGUCACGAUCGCCGCCAAGAAACUAACGUCUCUGCCCGGAGGGUCGGUGUCCUCGCUCUUUCCGCUCCUAGCCCGCCUAUACCGGUACCGAUCGCUCGUGGCCGAUUCGAUGAAGGACCCUUCCGUCACGGCCGGUUUGAGGAACGUCAUGGCCAAGGCUCACAACAUGGCCUGUCUUCGCCGGGACGUCGACUCGCAGGCAACCCUCCUCAACCUGAUGCUCCGAGACUUGCUUGAACACUCCCAAGGUAAGUUACUUGCCACGCACGAGGCUGCGAAAAGCUAUACCGGAACGGUUUGCUUUGCUUUGCUUUUAGUUUUGGUUUCGUUUGGUUCGUCGUUGGAGGGUCUCCCGCGACACCUCUCGCACUGUACAAUUGCAUAUUUCUGAUACUAACACAAAUACAAACAACAUUGCUGCUUGUGUGGGAUCCUUCAGUCGAACAAGCGAACAAAUUGCUUUCGAACGCAACCUUUCCAGAAUCGGCGUCCAACAACGAACUCUGCCGAUACUUGUAUUACAGUGGACGAAUUCAGGCUCUUCGGUUGGAAUACACAACGGCAUUCUCGAAUCUUAGUCAAUGCCUACGCAAGGCACCGACCAAUACGGGCCUCGGCUUUCGAAUCACGGUCCAGAGGCUUCUAGUGGUUGUCCAGCUCCUGAUGGGUGAAAUCCCCAAGCGACACGUAUUUUUUAGCAAGGGGAUGAAGACCGAAAUGGCUCCCUACCUGGCGAUUACGCAGGCCGUGCGAAGGGGAGACCUGGCGGUGUACACCAAGGUCGUUUCCGAGCAGUCCUCGCAACUCCGGAGGGAUGACACCUUCACCCUGAUUUCCAGACUGGCCCAGCAGGUGGUGAAAGCGGGACUUCGAAAGCUCCACGUGAGUUAUUCCCGGUUGAGUCUGGAGGACGUUGCCAACCGCUUGGGCCUGCCCUCAGCUACCUCGGCCGAGUUUGUUGUUGCCAAGGCGGUCCGGGACGGCGUCCUGGACGCCACUAUCCACCACGAGGAGGGGUACGUGCAGAGCCACGACCUCGUCGACGUCUACGCGACCAAGGAGCCCGCCGAGGCCUUUCACCGCCGCAUCGCCUACUGCCUCACCACGCACAACGAUGCGGUGCGCGGGAUGCGGUAUCCACCGGAUGCCUACAAGAAGCAGCUGGAGGCCAGCCGGGGGAACCGGCGAGGAAAACGCGGUAGCGACGACAAGACGGACGAAGAAAAGGCGCAGGAACUGGAAGACGAAUUCGACGAGGACUACUAAUCGAAUCCACCGAAUCAAUCACACUAACAUCAGCAGGAGCAACCAGCCUGGUGACUGGUCAACUGCGUUGGAGAGUAACUUAAUCUCAAUAAUAAUAGGAACGAUACAACAUGACAGAAAGCCCGUCUCAAUGCUCUGCGGU